UGUUAAGUUAAAUGAUCAUCGAUUGGAAAUUCACGAGGCUUAGAGCUUAUACUUAGAUUAGAGAACUCAGAACCAAAUAAUUGGUUCAUAUAAAUAUAUUUGCUAAAUGAGAAAUCUAUAAGUGUAGAUUUGGUACUAAAAUCGUAGCAAAUCUUUGCGACAUAAUGAAGAUUUUUCUACGAAUUUAAACAAAAAGUUAAUAAGAAAAUGGAACGAUCAAAUAUUAAUAUGAAGAAAUCUUAGAUUUUCGUUGAUCCUACAAAGUCAACUGUAAUUUCUGAUGGUGUACGAUCAUUCACCGCAUUGGAAUCAUUUGACCAAAUAUUGGGAGCACGUGCAAAAAUGUAUGCGGAUAAUAAACGUGGCCUAGAUAAGGUAACUGGACCGCCAGUCCAUGCCCUGCAACAGCAACAACAACAACAACAACAACAACAUCAGCAGCAGCAGCAACAUCAUCAUGUAUUGCAAUUGCAACAGCAACAUUUACAGCAACAACAUCAGCAACAGCAACAACAUCAUUUACAACAUUUACAACAUACGCAUCAUAAUUUUCAACAAAUUGAAUCGCCAACAUUGUCACAGCAACAACAUUUGCCAGCGCCUCAUCAGCAACAGCAACAGCAACAGCAGCAACAACAACAGCAACAUCAGCAGCAACAACAACAGCAACAGCAGCAACAACAGGCGAGUCAGCAACAGACAGCCGGCAUGUUUACAAGAUUCGAUGCUAACAAAUCCACAAAGGGCGCCUCGAAAAUGCGACGCGAUCUUAUAAAUGCGGAGAUAGCCAAUUUGCGGGAUCUGUUGCCAUUGCCACAAUCGACACGGCAGCGACUCUCACAGCUGCAAUUGAUGGCAUUGGUCUGUGUCUAUGUGAGGAAAGCCAACUAUUUUCAACAAGUUUUCAAGCGGCAUAACGCUAUGCAUCAUCAUCAUCAUCAUCACCAUCAGACAGCAACACCAAAUAUUGGCUUCUCAAAGGCACUUUCUGGCUUCUUGAUGAUGCUCACACAAAAUGGCAAAUUGCUCUAUAUAUCGGAUAAUGCGGCCGAAUACUUGGGUCAUUCGAUGGAGGAUUUACUGAUACAUGGUGACUCCGUUUACGAUAUCAUUGACAAACAGGAUCACGCAACCAUCCAAGCUGAACUUAAUCGGAACGUGCCACCGCAGCCAGGUGGUGGCGGUGGUGCAGCGACUGGUGUUGGUGGCACAACAAGCGGCAGCAAUGUGGGCAGCAGCAGCGGAGGCGAUUCAGCAUCAAGCAAUGGUGCCGGCAACGGCGCCUCCUCCUCAUCCAGUCUGGAGGGUGAACAUCGCAUGUUUCUCUGUCGCAUGAAUGUUAGCCGCAAUGCGCGACGGCAAAUGCGUUUCGGUGAUCAGAAGGUUGUCCUCGUCCAGGGUCAUUAUUUGUCAUUCCUGCCCCUUUGUAGUCGCAAUGAGCCCGUUUUUCUGGCCACCUGCACACCCAUUGCCAUGCCCGAGACACGUGAAUGUGUAGUUCAAGGUGCUACCAAUGUCUUUACCACCAUUCAUUCAAUGGAUAUGAAAAUAGCCCACAUCGAUAAGAAUGGUGAAUUUCAUUUAGGUUAUGAUAAGGCAACACUGCAAGGAACAUCCUGGUACAAUCUAAUACAUAGUGAGAAUUUGCGAGAGGCUCAAAGCAAACAUAGGCUAAUCACACAAUCCGAACAGGAUCGUAGUUGCAUCCUGCUAGUGCGCAUGCAGCGCUCCAGCGGUGAUUACACCUGGGUCCAUGUGGUUCUACAAGUACGCGAUAGUCCCGAUUCGACACAACAGCCUGUCAUAGUCUGUACAAAUCAGGUGCUCAAUGAUCGCGAGGCUUCCAUAAUGUUGGCCAAUUCCUGGCUAUAUCAUUAUUAUACAGUGCAAUCGAAAAUACAAUUUGGCAUGCCAUUGGAUAGUGGCAUUCGUGUCCCACCGCCGAGUGCCAGCAAUGCCAGUGGUUACUAUAGUCCGCAGACGCAAGGUGGCUUGGGUGUGGGUGUGGGUGUGGGUGGUGUUGGCAGUGGAAAUGGCUCAGUAGGUGGCGUAAGUGUAUUUGGCACUCAUCCGCAUGGACAUCCGCAUCAUCAUCAUCAUCAUCACUAUCAUACAGUGGCCCAUCAUCCGCAUCCUCAUAUGGGAGCCUAUGGAGGUGUUUAUCAUCAUGCCGAGGCCAAUGGCAUUGAGCUCAAAGAGGAUGCACAGCCAUUGUUUAGCUUUCACGAACCGGUGGAUUAUAGUCAAGUGAAUGGUGGUACUGGUGGUGGUCCUGCAGUUGCUUCCACCACUCAGAAGUCUCGCCAGACAUCAUCGACACCGCCGCCGCCCAAGAAGCGAGCAAGAAAUAAACUAGAACCGCUUUUCCUGCAAGCAGCUGAACGUUCUCCCGCAGCAGCCAUAACACCGGAACCCGAUUGUUAUGCCCUCCAUCCGCAUUCCCAUACGGCUGAUGCCUCGGUCAUCUAUGCCACCAUAGUGCCCACUCGUCCCCGCUUGCCACCCCACAAGGCAUUGCCACCGGAUCCUGCAGAUUUCAUUGAACAAUGGAAUCCCAGUCCACCGUGGUCGGAAUCUGCUCAGAAGGCUUCCUUAGACAGUUUUAGUUCAUCGCAUGAACUGAGUCCCUGCAUAACCACAACACCGCCAACUCCUACUAGUGCCACGCCCCAUCAGGGUGGAAUUGGUGGCACACAAGUGAUAGGGCCAGCGUUUAGUUUUGAAUGGAUGUCAGAUCCUUUGGUGCCAGUGGCCUAUCAACAAUGGCCACCCAGUGGAGAUCAUCAUCAGCAUUUGUCUCAACAUUUGGCAGCAGCUCAACACCAGCAACACCAACAACAGCAGCAACAGCAGCAGCAGCAACACCAGCAACAUCAUCAGCAGCAACAACAGCAACAGCAAUAUCAUCACUUAACCCUACACAACAUCAAUGUCCACGUGGCGGGGGCUUCUCUAACGCGUGCGACAGAUUCUAUUGAUUCAACUGGAUCCACAUCCACAAUUGUGACUUCAGUGGCUUUACCACUUGCCACGGGCCAUACAGAUGCCAGCGAACCGGUUGAAGAUAGAGAUUCCAAAAAUUAGUGAAGACGAAAAAAAAAAUAAAAAGCUUGGAAAUGCCCAGGCAGAGAGCCCAGGUGAUAAUCACAUUUAAAUUAAUUGCCACUUGUCAUCUUAGCGUUUAAAUUAUUUUUUAUCUCUAACAGAAACUGUAUAACUAGUUUUUACCUACCAAUAUUCAGUAUGUAUAUCGCUCUUCACUUCUUUUUUCCUCACCACCCACGCCCCACCCCCUUGUAUAUGUGCAAUUUGCGGAAAACUAUGAAAAAAUAAAAAUAGUUGAAAAUUAGUUUUUGCUAGAGAGGAAGCCAGAGAGAAGCUCUAUUAGCAUUUUUAUGGCAUUUUUUAUGAGUAUUU